AUGACGAUCAAUAUUAGAUAAGCUCACCACCUACGCGCUGGUAUCAUCAGCUCGAAUACGAAAACAGCACUGAGGAUGAUGAUCAAGAUGGGAUAGGACUUGUAGAAAUGCAUAUAAAGGCUCAAAGGGUUCACCUUGUUUCCGGUCUCUCGUCUCCAUCAUCACCAUCACCUUCACACAACAAGCCUUCUAGCUACUAGCUAUUCGAUCUCAUCAACCAAGCCCACCAGUUUUAUAACUAUUUUCUAGCUCACAAGCAUACAAAAUGCGUACUUCCUUCUUCAAGGCCGCAACCUUCGCCCUUCUCGGGCUUGGCAACGUCUUCCCUAGCGUUCUAGGUGCCCCGACUUCCAAUGAGGUCGAAGAGCGUUCCGACACACUGAUGGCUAGGGCCAAGGAAGUUCCUGAUAUCACAAAGCAGGGAUACAAGGUCGACGAUGGCACUGGUCUACCAAGGAAGAAGACUUACAAGGUCACUACUGAGCACUACACUGGUACCCUCGACCUGAUCCGAGUCGAGACCGCUAACAAGCUGGCUGCCGUCUUGGAUGCCAACAACUCGGAUGACAUGACUCCUAACCGAGCCAAGCUCCGUGACAUCGUCAUGUAUGUGUACUCGAAGAAGGGAAACCUAAAGCCGGAAGAGAUCCAGAAGGUCCGCUUUGAGGUUGUCGUGGAGAAGGCCACCAACGCCGCUAUUAAGGCUGCCUACGAGAAGCUAGGCAAGACUACUGGCGACUUCACCGUCAAGAGCAGCGAUAGCGGCACGGAGAAGGAAGUCUUCGACAGCCUCUCCGGUACCCCCUUCGGUAAGAUCGCUAGCAGCUACCACGGCGACUACAACGCAGGCCAGAUCAAGGAAAUCAAGAUCGAAGACAGCCCGACCCGCCCCACCAUGGAGGUCCACUUGGGCUAAGUGGGCUAUGUAUGAUAUAUAUAUAUAUACAUGGAUUGGGUGUACGGAUUACGCUCGGCACAUCGGGGCUGGGGUUCAGGCAUGGUAUGGCAAGGUUUUCUUUGGGUUCCCUUCUUUCCUAUCAGCUAGUUAGUAGCUUUCUAGCUCUACUCUCGAGCAAGAGUAAAAAUUCGUCAUUCGUUAGAUCCUAGAAUAAAAUGAAGCCGUUUCUGGCUCUAUAAAUCAAGACGGUGUCUACAUUGGCUCGUGACGCGUUUAAUGCAUUCAUUCAAGCAGUGUAAGCAAUCCCCACAGAUCCUGACAGCUAAGCUUUUCGGAAAAGCGGCUGUAAACAUGGAGACUCGUCUAAUCUGACGUGAGAAAGGCUUGUUUAGAUGUUACGUUUAUAUAUUAGCUUUGCGAGGCGAGGAGGCGUUAAUAUACCCACUGGUAAGCUUUACUUGUUCAAUUAACGACUUGCAUAAAUUAAUAGAUCCGCCGUAAGCCUUUUAUUAAUAGCUGAAAUGAUGAAUAUCGUGGCCAAAUGAGUUAUGGGUAGCCUCAAAUCAAACUAGUCUUAUGACUAUGAAAAUAUCGCAAACAAGUACCUAUCUUGC